AUGGAAGAAGAAGCCAAAGCACCAGUUGCUUCAACAUCUGGGACUUUCGAAACUUCUAAGAUGUCUAAUCUAUCUGAGCCAAAAAUCCUCGAAACUAGCAAGCUUCCUGAACCUAUUGAACUUAUAAGUGAAGUGGUGCCUGAUACGCCUUCUAAAGAAACUGAUUCUUCUAAGCCUAUCAAUGAA